UUAAAGAUGUCUGCGCCCUGAUUCCACUGUCAGAAAUGUGAAAUGUUUGAAAUUCUUUAACUUUGCCAAGAGAUGUUUUUUUUCGGAAUUGGCAUCUUACAUAUAAGAUCACAAUUCACAUUGCAUUAAUUUCAGACUCCAUCUUCAUUUGAAAGCUGACUCUAAACAUGAAGACCUAUUUUAUGUGUAUGAUAGUAUUGUUUGGUAUAACAGAAACAGUUAACAUGGUUAAUAUCAUUAGACAUCAUACAGAUGUUGUCCUCGUCGGGGCUCAAGGUGACCUCUCCAAGAAAUAUCUAUGGAAUUCUUUCUUUCGACUUUAUUUGAAAUACUCAUCAACUAAUUCUACAUUUCGAUUCUUUGCCUGCGGAAGAAUUCAACCCAAAGAGGGGCAAAAGAUCACAAAUGAAAUUUUACAAGACAGAAUAAAAUGCGACAAAAAUGAUGUGAAUUGCGUCGCUAAGCGACAGACUUUUAUAAACGUUGUGAAGUAUCUUCCUGUUAAAACCAAUCAGGAUUUUGAAGAUCUUGGGAAAGAACUAGAUUCAUCAAAAAAAGAUGGCAUAUCAACUGGGAGAAUUCUAUAUUUAGCUAUACCACCAAGUGCUUAUGUCGACACAUCAUACAAACUUUAUAAUUGCUGCUAUCAUGCCAACCAAAAUAGCUGGACAAGAUUAGUUUUGGAGAAGCCUUUCGGAAGUGACCAAGCAUCCUCUCAGAAAAUGGCCACAGAUAUAUAUAAGUAUUAUGUUGAAGAAGACAUAUUUAGAGUUGACCAUUACCUUGGAAAGUCUGUUGUGAAAGAAAUAUUACCAUUUAGAUUGGCAAAUAUUGAGAAGUUAGAAUACCUCCUGAACAACAAACAUGUAGAAAGAAUAGAAAUAGCCAUGAAAGAAACAAUUGGUGUCAAAGGUAGAAUAGAUUUUUAUGACCAGUAUGGUGUUGUACGUGAUGUUAUGCAAAAUCAUCUUACAGAGUUACUGGCCUUGAUAACCAUGGAUCUGCCAAUAGAUAUAACUGAUCAAAAAGCAGUGGAACAAAAAAGAUUAGAGUUAUUGGGAAGUGUGGAAAAAGUAGAAAGUAAAAAAAUUCUCCUUGGACAGUAUUCUCAGUAUAUGCAUCAAGCCGCUGAAGAAAAAGACAACACUUCUCAGUCGAUGAAAACACCAACAUAUGCUAGCACUCUUUUGAAAAUUUGUAGCUCAAGAUGGCAUGGUGUUCCCAUUGUUAUGGUGGCAGGAAAACACUUAGAUGAAAGAUCAAGUUUUAUUCGAGUAUUGUUUAAAAAUGAUAGAUUUUGUGUUUCGGGCUGCAACAAGUUGAAUGGUUCAAAUUAUGACAAUAUUCGGCAAAUUAUUUUUCAAAUUAAUCCUAAUGAAUUGCCAUCUCCAGGAAUUUUGAUUUCAAAGAGUCUAUUUAAGCCGUACUUGCCUGCUGCUUUAAAAGAACUGGCUAUUUCAACCGGUCAUACUGGGUUGUAUGGACAGAGUAUUAAUGAUUUUCAUUUUUAUAUUCCGAUUGAAGACCGAGAUGCGUACACAGCUGUGAUUGAUGAUUUAUAUCUUGGUAUCAAAACAGGCUUUGUCAGCACUGGAAGAUUAUCCAAACUUUGGCAUAUCUGGUCCCAAGCCAUAGAAGAAACAGCAUUAGUUGAACCAAGAAAGUACUUAGAAGGUGGAGACCAGUCAUUAAACUUUUUUAUUGCGUCUGACAAGCUUCAGUUUAUUAGACCUGCUAUAGUAGUCGAAGACCUUGAUGCAGACUUGAAGCAGAUGAAAUACAACAGCAUUCCAGCGACCUAUUUAGGUCACCCUCUUAUUGUUAUAGAAAAGUCUGACCUACUUCAGGCCUUAGCCAAUCAUAUUCAUUCAUUAGUUUGGCAGACAAUUCAAAGUAAACAAAGUUUUCAUCUUGCUGUUUCGGGAGGAAAUACACCGGCGAAAUUAUUCAAACUUCUGUCACAAAUGCAGUUACCAUGGCAAUAUAUUCAUCUAUGGCUGGUAGAUGAGAGAUGUGUUUCGUUAGCAGAUGAAGAUUCAAAUUUUAACCUGCUGCACUCCGAACUCAUUAAACAUGUUGACAUACCAUACCUUAAUAUACACCCCAUGCCGGUAGACAAUCUAGGUCAAAUUUGUAACGAGGCUGAUCAAAGUGAUCAAGCCUACGAAGACAGUCUAAAUUAUUUUUCAAAGUUUAAACUUAAUUAUGUUUUGCUAGGAAUAGGCACUGACGGCCACACAGCAUCUUUAAUGCCUAAUUCAGAUUCGCUGAAAGAAAAACAUAAAUUUGUAACAUUUACGAAAACACAAAAUUUGAAAUCAAAGCGAAUGACAAUGACAUUUAAUUUGAUUAACAAUGCACAACACAUAUCAGUAUUAGUGACGGGAUCUCAUAAAAAUAACAUAGUCAUGGAAUUAUUAGAGAGCAAAAAUCAUUUAAAAUAUCCCAUACUGGGAGUCAAACCCAUUAAGGGUAACAUGACAUUUUAUUUAGAUUUUCAUGCUUGGUUACCAAAAAUUGUUGAUAUUUAUAGUUAAUGUUUUUAAUAUAGAUGUUGAUUUUAA